CUGAAAACCAGAUUCCCUCCCCCUAAAAUAAAUAUUCUUAUAAAAAAUGGUCGUCUACCCUACUUGUGUACCCUCGCUGUCUCGAGCCUUCUUUUGAGUUUCCAUGUGCUUUCUUUCCCCUUCCUUUCUCUCCUCACAGCCCCACCUCUGUUUCCAUUGAUUAUCAAAAAUCUGUUACCCAAUUCUCUCAUUCGACCAUAAAUGUCACUCUCUUGCGGUGUCGAAUGCGUUCUCUUGCUUGGCUGUUCGCGUUGGGCAUGGAGACGCUGCACCUACGUUGGUUCAAACGACAGUGAAACCUGGCCGUUAGCUACCCCCGACGAGUUCGAACCUGUCCCCAGAGUCUGUCGUCUAAUCCUAGCUGUCUACGAACCUGAUCUCAGAAACCCCCAGUUCCCUCCCGACGGCGGCUACCGACUCAACCCUGACUGGGUCUUGAAACGCGUCACCUACGAAGACGCCCUUGGCCGUUCUCCGCCUUACCUUAUCUACGCCGAUCAUGACCGGAAGGAAAUCGUGAUGGCAAUCAGGGGACUCAACUUGGCCAAGGAAAGUGAUUAUAAAUUGCUUUUGGAUAAUAGGCUAGGGAUGCAGAUGUUUGAUGGAGGAUAUGUCCAUCACGGGCUGUUGAAAUCGGCGGUUUGGCUGUUGAACGUGGAGAGUGAGACGUUGAAGAGGGUUUGGGAAGAGACUGGGAGGGAAUAUCAGAUGAUUUUCGUGGGACAUUCGUUGGGGUCAGGCGUGGCGGCGUUGAUGACGGUCUUGGUGGUUAAUCACAGGGAUAGAUUGGGUGGGAUUCCCCGAAGUAAGCUUAGGUGCUAUGCGCUGGCGCCCGCCAGGUGUAUGUCACUUAACUUAGCUGUCAAGUAUGCUGAUGUUAUACACUCCAUUGUGUUGCAGGAUGAUUUCUUGCCUAGAACAGCCACCCCCUUGGAAGAUAUCUUCAAGUCAAUUUUCUGCUUGCCUUGCUUGUUAUUUCUUAUUUGCUUGAGGGAUACCUUCAUACCAGAAGGUAGAAAACUUAAAGAUCCAAGAAGACUUUACGCACCUGGACGGAUGUACCAUAUCGUCGAAAGAAAAUUUUGCAGAUGUGGGAGGUUUCCUCCAGAAGUCAGAACAGCCAUUCCUGUCGAUGGGAGGUUUGAACACAUUGUGUUAUCAUGUAAUGCAACAUCCGAUCAUGGAAUAAUUUGGAUCGAAAAGGAAGCAGAAAAGGCUUUGGAGAUUAUGAGGGAGAACAAAUCUGAGACGAUAACUGUUCCCCCAAAAAUACAGAGACUGGAGAGGUUGCAGACCAUUGAGGACGAACACAAAGAUGCGUUGGAAAGAGCUGUCAGUUUGAAUAUCCCUCAUGCUGUAUCCACAGUCGAGGAACUGACUGAAAACAAGGAAAUGGAAGCAAGGGCUGCCAAAGCCAAUAAUGGAGACAGCCCAAAAGCUGAACCGGAGUUAAGCUCUAGAGGGACUAACUGGGACGAGUUGGUUGAGAAACUUUUCAAAAGGAGUGAAUCAGGGAAACUAAUGCUAAAGAAGGAAUCAAAUCCCACUCAAAUCCAAUAGCCAACCAAAAAUUAUUCUUUUUCCUUCCUCAGUUUCCAUGGCAUUACCGGCGACUGUACAAUUGAGGUUGAUCUCAUAGAACAAUGAUUCAUUGAUAAUGUAUAUACAUUCUUUCAAUUUUUGUGAUGAUUGGAAACUACAUCUAUUCAAUAUAAUAUGAUAUAUGUAAAAAGAACA